AUGGGAAUACUGGGAAUACCAGGAAUACUGGGGUAUGGGAAUACUGGGAUAAUGGGGGGAUUGGGGGUAAUGGGAAUACUGGGAUAUAAUGGAAAUGUCGGGAUAAUGGGAAUGCUGGGAUAUGAACUACCUGGAUAUGGAAAUACCGGGAUAAUGGGAAUGUUGGAUAAUGGGAAUAUUGGGAUAAUGGGAAUACCAAGAUAUGGAAAUAGUGGGAUAAUGGAAAUGUUGGGGUAA